AUGAAAGAAGAAGAAUAUGAUAUGGCCAGUAGAUCACACAUAUCAAAUAUAUCCAAUAAUAUAACACAUGAUUCUCGAGCGAUGCAGAUGGAAUAUAACAAGUCUGAAGACACUAUCGACAAUGAUAACCACAAAUUCACAACGAACGUGAGGUCUAACCUCAACUCCAACGGCCGGUUUUUGUCGCCUGCAUCGUCUCAAUCACAUUCACGAUCCCAGUCACAUUCAAUGCUGCCAGAUACAAACGAUACAGAUAUGAUACUUAUGACAUCAUCUCAAAUAUUAAACAAUUCAUCACCCUUCAAUGAUGCAACAAGAGAGAAGAAUAAGCAUACUAAAGUUGAUCUAACUUUUGAACAUUAUGACAAGAAAUCCAAUGGUCUGGAUAAGUAUAUUACUAGGAAUUUCUUGGAUAUUCAAAAUGAUACUAAUUCGAUUCGUCUUAAAACAAAAUCGCCAAAUAACAAUAGAGAGAGCAAUAGUAUACAACAUGAUAUUGAGCAAAAUCCAUUUGAUGAUAACGAAAAAACAUCAAAUAAGAACCUUCCAUAUACAAUGAAAAACAAUAAGAGUAAUAAUAAUGAUAGUAAAAAUAGUCUUCUUCCCUUAGAAUCGUUCGAUGAUGAAGAUGAGGAGGAUGAACAUGAAGAUCCCAUAGAAAAUGAAAAUAAUAAUAACGAUAAACAUUCAACUGCUACUUACCAAAUCCCAAAACUGCGAAAAUCUUUAACACCAUGGAGGAAUAAAGAUAAACAAAAAAGAACUGACAAUUAUAAUAAUACAGCAGUAUCUUCUCCCACGCGAUCAAUUAAUGCUAAGCCGUUUAUUAAUAGUAGCAAUCAUAACAAUAGUGAAGGAAAUGUCAUGGCAACUUCUUCCUCGAACGUGAAAGAAAUUGAAUUUUUACAAAAACAAUUGACAUCAUAUAAAUUGCAACAAAAGACCUUAUAUGAAGUAAUAAUACAUCAAUUAAAUCAAAAUAAUACUGACAGUAAUAAUGGUGGCAAUAAAUUAUAUGAAAAUUUAUUAUCAAACAUUUCCAAAAAUGAUGAACAAGUUGAAAAACUCAAAAAAAUCAUAAAAGAUAAAGAAAAUCAACUUGAAAAUUCAAACAACGAAUUAACCAAAAUUAAAAACGAAUAUAGUGAAACUUUAAAUUAUGCAAAUGAAUAUUUACAACAUUCUGAAAUCAUCUCACAAUCAAUUGAUGACUUGUUGAAUUUAAUUGUUGAAAACGCAGAGUUUUUACAAAUUGAUGAUAAUGAGAAAAAUACACUAAUCAAAGCAACUCAAAUCAAUUCAACUUUCAUCAUGGUUAAAUUAAAUUCAUUGACUUCCAUUUUGAAAAAUUUAAUUUCCAAUCAAUUGGAAAAAGACGCCAGUAUUGUUAAAGAUCAACAAACUAACAACAACAACAGCAAUACAACUAUAGAUACAAAGUUGGAAAUCAAUAUUGAAUCAUUACAUAAACAAUAUGAUAAAUUUUUGAAUGGUAUUAAAUUUAAAUUGAGUAGUUCUCAAGCUAUUGAAAACGCGUUGUAUGAAAAACUAUCAAAUCAAUUCAAUUUACUAAACCAAAUUCAACAAUAUAUACAGGAGAGUAACAAUGACACUGGAGAGAAAGAAUCACAAAUUAUACAAUUAGAAAAGGAAUUAAACCUUCUGGAGAAAAAAUUAAAUAAUGAAAAGGUAAAUAAUACAAAACUAAUGAAUUUGAAAGAGGAAAAUUGGCAAGAUUUAAUUGGUCAAUUGGAAAAUGAUAUUGAAUAUUUAACUUCAAAUAAAGACGAUUUAACAUCAUUGAUUGAUGAAUUAAGUAAGAAUAUUGAACAUUUACGAUUCGAAAAUGAUGAUAUUUCAUCACUCGUCAAACAAUUAACGGAGGAGAAGCGUAAUAAAGAUAAUGAUUUUAGUAAUUUGUUAGUAGAGCUAAAUGAUAUGAAAUUACAAAAUAAUAAUCUUCAAAAUAUCAUAGAAAAUUUACAUUCUAAUGCAAACAUUACUAAUGAAAAAAAUGAAUUGGAAUUUGAUAAAUUGAAACAACAUUUAUUAUUACAUUUGAAUAAAAAUUUUGAAAUUUUUGAACGUAUAUUACAAAAGAAAUCAAUCGAUCAAUCAAAGAAAAAAAUAGAAUUCAUUACGAAAAAUACUGGAUUGAAGAAUGUUAAAUUGAUUCAACCAAAAUUAGAAUCAUUAUAUAAUUUCAUUGAAACAGCUUUGAAGGCAAUAACAGAUGCUUACAUUACUUUAUUAACACAAGAGAAACAAGAGAAACGAUCUAAUGACAAACGUGUUUCUUCUUUGGAAAGUGAAGAUGCACACGAAUAUUAUCAAAGGGAAACACAACUAAGAAUAGAAGAAUUGGAAAGGAAAUGGAUAUCUGAGAGAGAACGUCGUAAAUUAGACGCAAAUGCAGCUGAAUCAAGAAUAAGGCGAUUAGAAGAGGAAAACCAAUUAUUAAGAGAACAGUUAUAUGUCCAAAGGACAACAAUAUCCUCAUCCUCUUCUAGAAAUUCUGUACUGAAUAAUAAUACGCAUGAUAAGAAAAAUAAUUUUGAAAUACGACAAUGA